UGCCUGCACUGAACUCCUGUAAGUUUUCAAGUGAACCCAGAGAACCACUAAGUUUAAUAUUCUACAAAUAUCUGUUUUAUAAUGAUUCUUCUUAUUUGUCCAGCGACCAACACUUUUGAUGCAGACAAGACGAAUCCUGAUCUUUUGAGCCUGUCUCCUUAUCCCACUGCAUUCACUGCCAGCACCUCAAAGAACUAUUACCUGACUAAAGUGGGACUCCUGAAAGACUUCCUGUGUUCAUCUGUCUCUGGGAUGACUUAUUUCAGAGUUGGAUCCGAGGGAAACUGUCCCACUGCUAACUGCAAUGGAGUGCUACCCGAUGGUUCAACUGUGAAUUUUAAGUAUCUCCUUCUUGAUCCUACUAACAAGACGAUUUUAUCGGAGACAAAGUGGUCUGAGGAUAUCUCUCUGUACGCCUUGCAGAAUCCUGAUGCCAUCGACGACAGCCUUCCUGGAAGAUCCGCAGCAAUGGUGGUCAUCACAGCAAUCCUGUGUGUUGCUGUGUUUCUCCUCAUCCUGCUACUGCUGAGUAUGCUCAUAUUAGCUUUGUGCUGGGAUGACAAGGAGCCAAUCCGAGCUCUAGGAUCCUUGCGCAUUCCAGAAUAUGACACUCACAACUUUAAGGACCCAGCAGCUCCAUAUAUCAACCCAUCUUUUGAACAUGAUCCAAAAAGCCACCCAAUAUUCACCUCACCCAGUCCCAUAAUUCUUCAGUAAUUUGAAUAACGAAUCAUGAUGUGUUGCCUAUACUUCAUU